CUUCUUUCUGAGCCCAUUUCACAUCUAUAACUCCUGGACUGCGGAUUAUUAGACCUGACCUUCAUCUUCAUUAUUGUUUCCUCAUUCCUCUUGUUGGUGCUCCGGUGUGAUUUCUGGCCAUGGAGCUCCUUCACUCAAUCUGUCUGGUUCAGCUCCUUUCUGCCCUGGCUUUGACUGAGGUGACUCGCUUCACAAAAUGCCCUCAGUUCUUUGCCAAAUCAGGAAAAACUCCAACAAUCUUCCAGGGAAGCCAUUACAAGCAGAUUUGCCAAAGACUGAAUAAUCAGUAUAAAUACGCCACUUUAUAUGACACAAAAAAACGGAUUCCUGUGUAUUCUGCAUAUAAGUAUGUAGCUACAAAGAAUUGCACACGAAGAACAACAUGGGAUAUUGAACCUCAGCUUGACGACAGCACCGCAGGAGCAGAAAUGGGACCCGAGAGCCGUGUGGACAGGAAUGUCAGGGGUUUAAACCAAGCCCUGAACAAUGACUACGAUGGUUCUGGAUUUGACAGAGGCUAUCUGUACCCUGUCUUACAAAACGAUGAUCAGUGCUAUGUAAAUGCCACAUUUACACUGACCAAUGCUGCCCCCCAGGAUCUCUCUUUCAACCGUGGAAAGUGGAAAAAAAUAGAAAGAAAGAUUAUAGAAACUCUAACUCAGUACUGCCGUGGCAUCGAUUCGUACAUUGUUACAGGAGUAGUUCCAGGAAACAAUUUUAUUAAUGGCAAUAGGGUCAACAUCCCAAGUUACUUUUGGAGUGCUUACUGUUGCUUUGACAAUAACCAAAAAGCAAUUCGCCGUGGGGGUUACAUUAAUUGUAACGUCAAAGACACGACUGACCCUAAAGAAAUUUCGGUACGAGAGCUUGAGAGUAACCUUACAAAUAAUUAUAGAGUUACAUUCUCAGUGUUUGGGGGAGAGUGCCUUUGAAUAGAACACAGAUGCUGAUUUACAACUCAGCUAUUGUAUAACCUGCCUGCUAUUUUAUCGACUGCUUUACGCUUGAAAUAGCUGAGCUCACUGUUAGGCCGCACAGAAGAAACUGUACAUGCUGAUA